CAAAGACUCGGAUAAUUAUCAGCUGUAAUCACAAAUUAAAAAACAUUAAGUCGCCAUCUUGUUCGUUACGGAGAAUUUUGUAGGCUCUUAUAUUUCUACCGUUUCCUACAUAUCUAUUAAGGAAGGAUGAGAGCAGGUCGGAGGGCUAGACUGGAGAGACUGGAGCGCCUGAGGAGAGAAGAGGACCUUCUGACUUUUCACCGUCGAAGGAUUGGCCAAAGAAAUAGAGGGAAGGCCAAUGUAAAUCUCUUUGGACUGUCUGAUAUAGCCUUUAAGCUACAUUGCAGGUUCGGCAAGGAGACAGUCAUGUGGAUUGCCCGAGUUUUGGACGCCGAUCUUAGGAGGGUGAAUAGAAGAGGUUUUCCCCUGUCCCCACGGGAUAUGGUGGCCGUCGCUCUGCUGCAGUUAAGUGGUGCUUGUUUUCAACACACCACAGGUCUAGCUAUUGGUGGAUUGAGCCAGAAUGCAGCGCGAAUGACCACUUUUCAUGUGGUUAAAGCCCUCCUCAGGAUUAGGAACGAUUGGAUUAAAAACCCAACAAAGGAAGCAAAUGCGCACCACUUCCUUCAGGUUUUAUGAGAA